AGCGCAUUCCCUCACUCCCUUAUCACUCCGCCGCGAGCCGGGGAGCACUCGCCCGCUUUGUUGUUUGUCCCUCCAGGGCUGAUUGACUAGCGCGUGACUGACAGCCCGCGGGGGUGUUGUCCAAUCAGCGGGCUUCCCCGCGCCCAAUGGGUGAGUCCGCGCGCCCAUUGGCUGAGACGAGUGUGGGAAAGAAUGCAGAGAGGGUUUCACACGAACUGGGAGCAUGCGAACCAUCUAUAAGUACCGCCGGCGUGUGUCGGCAGCUGAGCAGACUCGCCUGGCGGAACAGCAGCUUUGGAGCACGCCCUAAUAACGCAGUGAUAACAAGUGAGAUCGGUGGGACACGCGCUCUCCCCUCGCUCCUUCGUGACUAUCUCCCGGUUUAUUUUUUUGUUCACGCGCACUUUGAGAUUGAUCUGAACAUUGACUCUCGGUGACCCUUGGUGAAAACAUAAGAUUUUUUGUCGUCGCUUUCGAGAAGGAUAUAAUUUGUUUUUUCUCGUGAUUCGAGAAGGCAUAUUUGUCCAUCAUGCCUGCCGACACACUGGAGAAGCAGACGGUGUCCCCUAUGGCGGGCUCCCCCGCCACCGGAGCGCACACCCCGGACAAACCCAAAAACGCUAGCGAGCACAGAAAGUCAUCCAAACCGAUCAUGGAGAAGCGACGCAGAGCGCGGAUCAACGAGAGCCUUGGUCAACUCAAGACGCUCAUUCUAGACGCGCUGAAAAAAGAUAGCUCCAGACAUUCAAAGCUGGAGAAAGCCGAUAUUCUGGAGAUGACCGUGAAGCACUUGAGGAAUCUGCAGCGCGUCCAGAUGAGCGCAGCUCUGUCGACCGACGCCACCGUCCUCAGCAAGUACCGCGCUGGAUUCAACGAGUGCAUGAGCGAGGUCACCCGCUUCCUGUCCACCUCCGAGGGGGUCAACACCGAAGUGAGGUCGCGGCUCCUCAACCACCUGUCCGGCUGCAUGGGCCAGAUGAUCGGCAUGAACUACCCCGGCCAGCAGCUACCCAGCCAGGCGGCGCACCUCGGGCAACCCCUCCACGUGCAGCUCCCCUCCACGCUGCCCCUAACCGGGGGAUCCAUGGGCUGCACGCUCAGCCCCACCGAGGCGCUCUCCCCCAAGGUCUUCGGGGGCUUCCAGUUGGUGCCCGCGAACGACGGACAGUUUGCCUUUUUGAUACCCAACCCGGCCUUCGCGUCCGCCACGGCCCCGGUCAUCCCCCUGUACGCGAACACGGGGGUGCCCAUGGCGAUCACCGCGAGCCCCGUGCACGGAAGCUCGGCACAGACCGCGGCCUCUCCGGUCCACGGCAUGACCUCCUUCGCCAACGUCCCGCGCGCGGUCAGCCCGGUCGGGGUCAGCACUGGGUCGGAGAGCAACGAGCCGGUUUGGCGGCCGUGGUAGCGCGAGCCCCGUCAGCCCGUUGCCCCAGACCCCCCAAAGGACAAGAGACACUUGAAACUGGGUUUCAUUAGUUGAUAUCGUUUCGUUUUAUGGAACACCGUGGCCUUUGUUGAGCAUGGCAAACUGUUUCUAUUUUUAUUGUCUGCGUCCAACAUUUGGACGUCAGUGAUAAAUAGGAUUGUACAUGCAAUGUAAGAUUUAUAGACAUGUUUGAAGUACUUUUUAUGAAAAGAUUUAGUUUUGUACAAAGUUGUUAUAAUACCAAAGCUGUGUUUUAUUCAUUGUUGUUUCAUGACGGAAAAAAAGAAUUUGGGAAAUGACCCAUUUUUACAAAUAAAUCAGAUCUCUGAAUUUACAUUUUAAUGCCGAGACUGUGUUUGAUCUCUUCAGCCCGUGUGGCCUCCAUGCCGUUAACAACGCUCAUAACAAUAUGUGGGUCAAGCGUGCGUAAGGCCCGGUCCGUCUGAAACUCACGGUUUAUCUUACGCAUUGCACACACUUACGACAUGCACCGGCAUUCACCUUAAUCGAUCCCAGCUCGUGACCGCCUCUCACUGAGCAUGCGCAAUACGCUAACUUUUUGCUGUCUAUCAAGCACCAGUGUGCGCCCCAGGCCAAUGGCAUCGCUUUUCUUUUUUGUUAUCACCACAUGAUUGGACAAUUCAGCGAAUCAAUCAAAUAGGCUACCUCCCUCAUCGGCAUUCGGGGGGGGGGGCGCAGACCCCCACGGUCUAUUACCGUGUCCACCAACAUUUUUGAUCACCAGCCGCUUUGGUUGACAGGUAAACUCACUUCGCCACCUGCCGCCAUUUCUGCAACAGGUGCCUUCAGUCUAGCGCGCAGGCAGAGUGGUGACGUGGGUGUAUAUCAUCUUUUGAUAGAAAGGUAAUUAAAAGUUAUCAAAGGUUCUCAUCCUGUAUGCAGCGGGAGCUCUGAGGGUCCUAAACCCUAUUCAUGGGCCUGGGAAUGCGCUCAGGGGUUAUGUCACUAACAGAUUGCCUCAGUGAAAGGGGAAUAUGGAAGGAUCCCCACUUCCCUUUGUGGAUCAAUUGUUCGAAUUCAACCC